GGAGCUGUGGUUUGGGAAGACCUCAGUCGAAGAUCUCUAAGCUCGCCUGUCCGUUUGGCCUCUCUGUUAUUAGUAUUUGUUUGGCAUCCUCACGAAAUACCAGGAAGUACGUUGCUUUGUGUUACGUUGGCAAACUUUGAAAGAAGUGAAUGCAUUUGUUCAUUUUGAAAAAUCAAAACUGAAGGAUUUCGUAACUUUGGUGGACUUCAAGGAAUCUCACGAACAUCAAGUUAUAAAUGGCACCAAAUGUCGUAUCUACGACGGUACAAGAACAUCAUGAAACAGAACCAGAACAGAAACCUCUCGAGCCCGUCCAAAUCGUGUGGCGUAAUGUUUUCUUAUUCAUAGGACUGCAUAUAGCCGCCCUUUAUGGAAUGUACUUAGUCAUACUUAAUGCCACAUUAACAUCCUGGUUUUACGGUGUAUUUUUAUGUUUUGUAAAUGGUCUCGGCGUAACAGCAGGAGCCCACAGGCUCUGGACUCACAGGGCUUAUAAGGCUAAAUUACCUCUAAGAAUAUUUUUGGCUUUUUGCAACUGCAUGGCACUACAGAAUGACCUGUAUGAGUGGGCACGAGAUCACAGAGUCCAUCACAAGUUUGCCGAAACCAAUGCUGAUCCACAUAAUGUAAAUCGUGGUUUUUUCUUUGCUCAUAUGGGGUGGUUAAUGGCAAAGAAACAGAAGGAUGUCAUUGAAAAAGGCAAGACAGUUGAUGUCAGCGAUGUCUGGGCUGAUCCGGUUGUUAGAUUUCAACAUAGAUUUUAUGUGCCUCUGGCUGCUAUUUGCUGCUUUGUCAUCCCUCCAGCCAUUCCCUACUACUGUUGGGGAGAAGAAUUCUACACAUGCCUUUUUGGUGCUGGAUUCUUCAGAUACGUCGUUUGCUUGCACUUCACCUGGUUUGUCAACAGUGCUGCCCAUCUCUGGGGUAACAAACCUUAUGAUCAGUACAUCAGUGCGACGGAAUUGAAGUGGGUGUCUGCUUUAGCCAUUGGUGAAGGUUUCCACAAUUAUCAUCACACUUUUCCAUGGGAUUAUUCCACCAGCGAAUUAGGUUACAAAUACAAUUUCACCACAUUGUUCAUCGAUUUCAUGUCAUAUAUUGGGCAAGCGUAUGACCUGAAGACAGCCAAUCCCGAAAAUGUCCACCAAAGAAAAUUGAGGACGGGAGACGGAUCUUAUUUUGAAGAUAAAGAUCCAAUCAAGACUCAUAAAGACUGACCUCUGUGAUUCCAAAAAUGCACUAAUGUAAUAUGUGACGUAAUGUUUCUUCCUAAGACUACAAACCAGAGCUGACUCCACCAGAAACAUGGUCAGAAAGUGAAAGAACUUACCUCAGAGUAUUCUGUUGGAAUUUUUGAAGAGCUUUACUUUUAAUUUACUGUAGACUAUUUUCCACAGAAACGACGGCGAAGUAAAUAACUUAUUCGAUUGCAAUUUUUUCUGCUGGUGUUUUUAUAUAUUCGCGGUACUGAUGGAAGAUUUUUGUCAUUAUGGAUUAGCUAUUUGUAUGAAUCAGUAAUGCAUAAUGAGUUUGUCUUUUUAUCUGAAACUCUUAAAGUCAUUUUUAUAACCUUGUUAAUGCUUUUUUAAUAGUUUUAUAUGAACGCUUAUCAUUUUCUUAAUUCUUUUAUGAGAAUCUUUUGAAACAUCAUAAGUGUUUUAUACAUUACUUCGUUAAGUCACGAAAGCAAGUAUAAUUACUGCAUCUAUACUCAGUUUUAUCACAAGUGUAUGGUAAUUUUGUAUAACUUGAGCCUGUAAAAUAAUUGUGUUCUGAAAGUUAAUAAAUUUGUUCCAAGAUUCAA